AUGUGCGACCCGGGGCUGCUCCUGCUGCUGUUGCUGUUGGCAGCCGCCCCCGGCACCGGAGCCGGCCGGCCCCGCGCCCGCCGCGGCCUCACGUACCCCGGUACACUGUGGUGCGGAGCCGGCAGCAACGCGGAUGCCUACGAGCAGCUGGGGGAGCACCGGGACACGGACCGGUGCUGCCGGGACCACGACCACUGCCAGCACAUCAUCCACCCCUUCACUGUGCGCUAUGGGUACCGCAACCUGCGCUGGCACACCAUCAGCCACUGUGACUGCGACCGCAGGUUAAAGGAGUGCCUGCAGCGGGUGAAUGACACAGCCUCACGAGUGGUGGGUCAGGCUUACUUCAAUGUCAUCCAAGUGCCCUGCUUUGAGUUCACCUAUAGGGAGGAGUGUGUGGAGCCCUACCUCUAUGUCUGGUGUAAGGCAUACAACACAGUGGCCAUCGCGGUACCCAGGGAGCCGGUGCUGUACGAGUUCGGUGGGGAGCUCAUUGACCGGGCAGCGAGGCCUGUGGGGGUCCCCCUGAGCCCUCCAUGGAGCAGCACUGAUGGAGGAGGCAUCCCAAGGGAUGUGCCUGCCCACCUGCCCUCAUCCCACAGGACAGCCAAGCAGGAAAGGAAAAGGAAGAAGGCAAACAAGAAGGGGAAAGGUCUGAGAAAGAAAAGCCCUUCUGGAAACACGGAGCUGAGCGAUGCUGCAGCCCCUGUCCCACCUCAUCCCACUGCAGGGCAGGAUCCAUGGGUCCCACUGCUGCAUUUGGAAGCAGCCAACGCCAUCCUGAGUGAUGCCCCAGUGCAGGAAGGCUUGGGCAGGGAUCCAGCACCAGCCACCACAUCCCCGGCUCCAAAAACCAGUGGGAAGAGGAGGAGGAAGGAGAGGAACAGGAAGAAGAGGCUCAAGGGCAGGGCUGAGGCACAGCCUGCACCAGAGCCACGGUCCUGA